CUUCCCUCAGCCUAUAUAGCAUAUACAAACACAAAUGCUAUUGCGCUGGCUUUUCGUCUAUACUUCCUCUGCAAGAUUACCUCCUAUUUCCCAUUAAGCCCCAAACCCAUCCAGCUACCCUAUACUAACUAACAGACCUUCAAAACUCGAACCCUCAGUCAAUUUUCUGUAUGGAGUUAUCCACUGUAGCAAAGAAGAAAUCAUCGAGUCUGCUAGCUCCAGGCUUCCGUUUCCACCCGACGGAUGAGGAGUUGGUGCGCUACUAUUUGAGAAGAAAGGUCUGCGGCAGGGGUUUUCGAUUUGACGCAAUUACUGAUGUCGAUAUCUACAAGGUCGAGCCUUGGGAUCUGCCGAGUUUCUCGAAGCUGAGGACUAGAGAUCUGGAGUGGUACUUCUUCAGUGUGCUGGACAAGAAGUAUGGUAAUGGAGCAAGGACAAAUCGAGCUACAGAAAAAGGAUAUUGGAAGACCACUGGAAAAGACAGGGCUGUCUACCAUAAAUCACAAAUUGUUGGAAUGAAGAAAACACUUGUUUAUCAUAUUGGCCGUGCCCCAAAGGGGCAAAGAACUAACUGGGUUAUGCAUGAGUACAAACUUGCUGACCUGGAGCUGGAGAGAGCUGGGAUCGUUCAGGAUGCAUUUGUGCUUUGCCGAAUCUUUCAGAAGAGUGGUUCAGGGCCAAAGAACGGUGAAAAGUAUGGAGCACCUUUUGUGGAAGAGGAAUGGGAGGAUGAUGAAUUGGAAUUUGUUCCAAAAGCUGAGAUUGCAGAAGAAGUUGACUUUGGUGGUGAUGCUUAUUUGGAUGGCGAUGAUCUUGAGCAGAUUCUUGGAUCAACAGAUGUUCCAUCUGAUAUCUCUCCUCCAUUAAAUCCCCAAUCUGCCUACAGCAAACUUGACGAGCAGACUGCCGAGUCUGUUGAUGACACCUCAAAGCUAUUGCAAACUGCUGGUGAAGAAUAUGGCGAACUUGAGCAACAGCAUGAGGAUGAGAACUUGUAUGAUCCAAAUGCCCCACAUGAAAUGGUUGUAAGGGCAGUUAAACAUGAAUAUAUUGGAGAAUCCAGCAAAUCUCAAGAUCCAUCUAAUGAUUUGGAUUACUUACUUGAUGAACCAUUUGUUGAUGCUCCUGAUGGGCUUCCUUACGGCAAUGGAGGACUUUUCGAAGCUAAUGAUCUUACAAAUCCCGUUGACAAGAAUACCUCUGCAUUUGAUAUGCUUGAGGAGUACCUUACAUUCUUUGAUGCAAAUGACAACAGUAUGGAGCCGUUUGCAUUUGAUCCUUCACUGAUGUGGGGAACAGAGGAUCUUGUUUCUGAUCAGGCACUGGUUGCUACAGAGGGUCUGAACGAUGGGACUGAUCAAUCAAGUAUGCAUAAGCAGCAACUUAUUAAGGAUGGCAUCGAUGCUGAGUUGCCAUCUGAUAAGCUGGAUUCUGCCAAAUUUGAUUCAGACGCACAAUAUCCUUUAUUCAAGAAAGCAAGCCAUAUGCUGGGCAGCAUUCCAGCCCCACCAGCCUUUGCAGCUGAAUUCCCGUCAAAAGAUGCUGUGCUCCACCUCGAUUACUUGUCCCAACCGUCCACUUCAGUUCACGUCACUGCUGGCAUGAUUCAGAUAAGUAAUUUGAACACUGAUGGCAGCCAAUCACUGGGCAAGCCCCAGAACUUCAACAUUGUUCUCUCAUUUGGCUUUUCACAAAGGGAUGAUGGUUCUGCCAGCCUGGAAUCCAGUCUGAGCAUACUUCAAGGAAAAACUGCAAUGGAAAUCUCCAGGAGAUGGUUUUAUUUUCUACUUUUUUGGGUCCUAAUCCUUUGUGUGACCUUCAAAAUAAGGACCUGCAUUUCUGCAAAGUAAACUUGCAGUGAGUGUCCUAAUGAUGCUUUUAGUAUAAUGAUUGCAAAUUUGCAAUACUGGAAAGUCAUCUACUGGAUGAUGUACACUUUGGAACUGUGGGAGACUUUAUUUGUUUUGAUGUUUUAAGUAGUGGUUAGGGGGAAAAAUUAGUUUCUAGUCUUGGAGCGAGGUAUAUACUGCUCCUAUAGAUAUAGUGAACACUGGUUAGAUCUUAGAUGCAGUUUCGGACCUGGAAUUAUUGACAUAAGAUUUUAAUAAUCUAAAUGUGUGGAACUUAUGUGGUGUUUGCAGCAUUGUAGCAAGACUCGACUAUUUCACUGCUACGUAUAUUGUCCACUGAUGCCACUAGGUUGCAGCUCUGAUCGUAAUUUUUCCUCUUACGUGAAGCCUCAUUGAGAGAGGGAUAUUUGUUCUCAUUUAUAAGCCCGUGACAAGUAGCGAUGGCAAGUCAAGUAUACGGAGGUAUGUGGAGUUUUCCUCGCAUAAGCCUCAGCAAGUAUACAGUUGACUCUACAAGUAUGGGCAGCGAUGUAUCUGGUGUUAUGUUUGGUAUUGAAUUGUUGUGUUCUGAUGAUGUCCAAUUGUUCUAUUAUAAAUAUACAAAUGUUGCAUUGUUGCGGAACAUCACUAAGAACAUCUCCAAUACUAUUAAGUGCAAAAAUGAGUGUCAUGUCAUUAUUGCAGACAAUGUCUUCAUAUUUAUCUCUUU